CUGGUGGAUCCGUUCCUCGUGGAGGCUCUCGAGAAUCCUCGCCAUCGGCUCGCCGUUCUACGGAUGGAGUUGGAUAUUCAGAAGUUCAUACAGAACUGUGAUCAGUAUCAAUUUGAGUUUCAGCAUCUUCCAACUUCAUAUCUUAGGCGUGUUGCCCAUCGUGUUGCUCAACACUAUGGCUUACAGACUAUGUCACCUGACAGCAUUAUAGAUGGUUUGGGUAGCAGAGUAACAGCAAGGAAAACACCUGACAGUAGAUUUCCAGCUGUCUGUUUAUCAGAGGUUCCUGCAAAACAGCCUGAAAAGGAUAUCGCCGAACAAGUUAAGAUUGCUAUUCGUCCAAGGCCUAGCAAAGCUUUCCCAGGUGAUGCAGUUGAGCUAGGAAUUAAAAGAUGUGCAACUAGAACUGUAGAAGAGCGGAAGGAGGAAUAUGACAAAGCUCGGGCCCGUAUAUUCAAUGGUUUGAGCGGUCCAGAAGUUGAAAGGUCAUCAUCUUCAGCUGAUGGGAGAAGCAUGUGUUCAACUAAGGAUGAGCAGGAAUGUCAUAGGACUUCCAAAGAAAAUGAAAAGACCAAUAUAAAAGAUAGUGCUUCUAGAGUUGCCAUUUUUAGAGACAGGGAAAAGGACCGCAUCGAUCCAGAUUAUGAUCGAAGCUAUAAAAGGUAUGUUAGAGGUCUUAGACUUGGCCAGAAUUUUGGCUUGGGGGCGUACGAUGUUCUUCAACCUCCAUUCCCACAAUACGAAGCAGGGAUUUCUCAGUUUGGUCCAUUGCCAAGGAACCAAAUUCCUAUGAAAUACAACCUCUCUAGCCCGACUAUGAUCCCAUAUUGUUCUCUUGGAUGCAAUCAAACCACCACUGAGGGUGUCUAUAUGCAAUGGCCCAACCCUACCAUGAUGUAUGCUAACUCCUACGAGCAUUUCAGACAUGCUGUUUUCCAGGCUCCAUUUUACCAGCAACCUCUCAGAUUUGAGCAUACACAGAACUGCUAGCAGAAACAGAUGUGUUUCUUUAGAUAUAGUAGAGAUAUUGUUGGAGACUUUUAAAACUGUUUUCUUUUCAACUCUAGGUUAUAUAUAUAUUUUAGUAUGUGGUGCAUGAAAUUGACUCCAUUACUAUCACUCUGAUUAAUUUUCAUGGAGCAUGUAUUCUUUUUUGAUUUUAUGGUCUUAUUCUAUUAAUUCUUUGUGAGUUUUU